AUGCCAGGGUUGAAGGACAAAAUAAGAGAAGAAGAAGCUUUGAUAAUUGAAGCCAGCAAAAGGAAAGUGAGACCAAACCUAACAAAAAAAGAAAUACUAGCCUUAGAGGAACUAAAAACAAACCCCAACAUUGUAAUUAAAAAGGCAGACAAAGACGGUGCCUUGGUAGUCUUAAAAACAGAAAACUAUAGAGCCAUGGGACAGGCACACCUAAGAGAUGAAAAUACUUAUAAACCUUUACCUAAUCCACAGGAGGAGCUGCAGAGAGUUCAAGCAGAAGGUAAGAUUUUAGUAAGCAGAUUCUACUGCCUAGACUCCCCAACCGGAAAAAAGUCCAGUUUCUCAGCAGCACAAAGGGACGCUUUAUUAGCCCACAAAGCAAGCAUCCCCCAUUGGUACAUUCUUCCCAAAACCCACAAAAAACGAGAUGAAGAAACGGGAAUAUGGCCAGGUAGGCCAGUACUCAGUGGCUGCUGUGCCCCCACGAGACCAGUUGAUAGGCUGCUAACCACCUUCCUCUCACCCCUGCUUGAUUUACUUCCAGAAAGGUUGCAGGAUACAACGCAUUUCCUGAGGAAGCUGAGAGAGGCCCCCAGACUCGAAGGAGAAUUUUAUCUUUUUUCUUUUGACAUAGUGUCGCUUUAUCCUUCAAUUCCACAGGAAGAAGCAGCUUGGGUGGUAGCAAACUAUUAUGAGAAAAAUUUAGGAUAUGUACAAGGAACUCUCCUUAGGUUCGAUAAUGAUUACUACCAACAAAUGAAGGGUACAGCAAUAGGAGCCUCGGUGUCGGUAGCAGUGGCGGAAAUUUUUGUCCACGUCAGUAUCGAACAAAAAAGAAAGAAAAUGGAAAAACAACCAGUUUUGUUUUAUAGAUACAUUGAUGACAUUUUCGGAGUGUUUCAGGGUACAGAGGAAGACCUUCAAGAAUACUACAGAGAACUCAACCAGUUCCACCCAGAUCUAAAAUUUACGGUGGAAUUUGACAAAAACAAACUACCUUUUUUAGAUACCCUGGUAUAUGUAAACAAAGAAGGCUUCCUCCAGACUACAGUAUACCAUAAACCUUCGAACACUCAUCAAUAUCUACAUUUUCAGUCGAGUCACCACCCCAACCUAAAGAAAAGCCUCCCGUUCUCACAAGGAAUCAGAGUUAAGAGAAUUGUAAGCGACCCUGAACACCUGGAGGCGGCCCUGAAGGAGAUGGUUGGGUUUUUCAAAGCGAGAGGGUACAAUGACAGGAUCCUCAUGACAGCAAUGGAGAGACUAAAGAAUAUACCAAGAGAUACGCUCCUGGACUUUAAAGACAAGGAUGAAUUAAACAGAAUAAUUUUCCCUAUGCUUUAUUCUCAGAAUAUUGCAGGUCCGCUCCGUAGAUCCAUUAACAGCAUCUGGGAAUGGGCACAAGAAAGGGCUAGAGACACCCCAUGGGAAGACAGCCUUAGCGGACCUCCCCCCAUGAUAGCCUGGAAAAAGGAUAAGACAAUUGCAGAGAAAUUAAUAAGAGCAGAGUUCCCCUCCCCCUUGCUCAGGGAGAGAACCAUUGCACAAUGA